GCUUCCGGGGCGGCCGAGGGGCUUCCUGCGGCGGGUCUGCGGCCCGGCGCUGCUGGCAGUGCUGCUCCCGGCCCAAGGCGCCGCCGGGAUGAUCAACGCCAUCCUCGUGUUCAACAACCACGGCAAACCGCGGCUCGUCCGCUUCUACCAGCACCUGGCAGAAGAGGUGCAGCAGCAGAUCAUCCGUGACACCUUCCACCUGGUGCUGAAGCGCGAUGACCACAUCUGCAACUUCCUCGAGUGCGGCAGCCUGUUCGGCGGCUCGGACUACAAGCUGAUCUACCGGCACUACGCCACGCUGUACUUCGUGUUCUGCGUGGACUCCUCGGAGAGCGAGCUGGGCAUCCUGGACCUCAUCCAGGUGUUUGUGGAGACGCUGGACAAGUGCUUUGAGAAUGUCUGUGAACUGGACCUCAUCUUCCACAUGGACAAGGUCCACCACAUCCUGCAGGAGAUGGUGAUCGGCGGGAUGGUGCUGGAGACCAACAUGAACGAGAUUGUGGCACAGGUGGAGGCCCAGGGCAAGCUGGAGAAGGCAGAGGGAGGCCUCUCAGCUGCUCCUUCCCGCGCUGUGUCGGCCGUGAAGAACAUCAACCUGCCCGAGAUCCCCCGCAACAUCAACAUCGGGGACAUCAACAUCAAAGUGCCCAACCUGUCACAGUUCAUGUGAGCAGCCCGGGCUGGGGAGCUGCCAGCUGAGCACAGCUGGGGUCCCUGGCUCCUCCUGGGCCCUGCCCAUGUGGCACACGGGAGCUGAUGGUGGCCGAGGGCAGGGAGAGUGGCAGGGCUCAGAGAACGGGCUGGGGGGUCCCUCCCGCUGGACCUGGGCUCAGUUCUGCUCUCUGCUCCCCCAACAAGGAGGGUGCCCUUCCUUCCCCCUGUCCCUGGGGAUGUGCAGCCUCUCCUCCCUGUGGGGAAGAGCUGGCUUCUGCCUUUCCUGGGAUUCUUGGGAUUCCCAGUGGUGAAGGUGUGCCUGUAGUGCUGGCUCUGUCAUCCUCCCAGCCAUGGCUGUCCCCUGCCCUGGCCCUGCUGCCUGUGCUGGGCCCCAGCUGGGAGGGGGUCACUCAUGGGCUCUGGGGACCCUGUGGGGACAUGCUGGAGGGGGGAUGUGGCAGCAGGAGGGCUGGGAGCUGAGUGACCCGGGGGACGGGCAGGGUCAGGCCAGGCUGGGGCUGCUGGAGUGUGUCCCUGUGUCCCAAUAAACUUCCCUUGAACCUG